AUGGAUGUUACAGAUGUUAUAAGUAUCACCAAACCAGAGUCUCAUGAUAUUGGCAUUGACUCAGAUGUUGAAAUGUCUGAUGGGGAGGAAACAAGUAAAAAUGAGCAAUCUAUUGUAACGCCAGGUGAGCUAGUGACUGAUGAUCCAGUUUGGAUGAAAGGUCAUGGUACAUACUUUUUAAACGAUAAAACAUAUUCAUCAGUUGCAGGUAACGUUUCUAGAGUUAAUAGAUUAUUAAGUGUUGUUCCCUUGAGGGGUAGGUACCAGGCAGAAACUGGUGAUCAUAUAGUUGGAAGAAUUACUGAAGUUGGUCCUAAGAGGUGGAAAGUUGACAUUGGAGCAAAGCAAAGCGCUAUAUUAAUGUUGGGUUCAGUUAAUUUGCCAGGUGGUGUGUUGAGAAGAAAAUCUGAAAGUGAUGAAUUACAAAUGAGAGGUUUUUUAAAAGAGGGUGAUUUAUUAAAUGCUGAAGUGCAAAGUAUAUUUAGUAACGGCAGUGCUUCAUUACAUACUAGAUCUUUGAAGUAUGGAAAAUUAAGAAAUGGGAUUUUCGUAAAAGUUCCUUCAAAUUUAAUUAUUAAAUCAAAGAAUCAUUCGCAUAAGUUACCAGGAAAUAUAAGUGUGAUAUUGGGAGUUAAUGGAUAUAUAUGGUUGAGUAAAACUUCCAGUAGCAGUAAGGGUAACGUCAACGCUAGUUCUAAUAAAGCGCAAGCAUCUAUUGAUUCUCAAGGUUCUUAUAAUCCAGGCCAAGGAUCUGUCUCAAUUACAAGACUAGAAGAAGAAAGUUCUUGGGAAAUUUAUUCUGAUAAAAACGAUCCAAACAUUUCCAAUUCGAUACGUAGCAAUAUCACUAGAUAUUAUAAUGUUAUAAAGGCUUUGAGUUAUGGUGAGCUUGGAAUAACAGAGCAAAGAAUUACGAUGGGCUAUGAAGCAAGUUUGGCAUAUGCAAAUGUUGGAAAGUUGAUAGACAAAGAUGCAAUGGCAGGAAUAUGCCAAGAUGUAAUAAACAAUGAAAAAAUGAGAGGCACUUGA